AUGCACGAGGAUAGACCUCUAUACGAUCCAAACAAUCCCGUAGAAACCCCUUCGUCUGUGACUGGAACCACGGAUCAAGAUCCCACUCAACCUGUUCCGAGCACACAUCAUCGUCCGGCCACGGCAAACGCGAUAUCAUCAACCCCGGCACUCCGACUACCCCAAAGACGUGCUUCGUUAAGCGAGAAAAGGCAUUCCGAAUUGUUUGGCAAUGGACAACCUUUGCAACCGGAAAUACUCCGUGUGUCCCAGUGCGAGGACUCCAACCAGGAGCCACCAAGCCCACCUGUGAUAGUUGAUCAUCAAAAACCCGUUUCCACGUUGCGAAAAUACUACACUGAAUUGGACGCCUCGGUACAACAGAUCACAGAGUCACCAACCAAACUACGACGAUCCUCGUACACGUUGCCCGCAGGAACUCGACUAAAAGCCGAGUCUGUGCCUAACGUGGACAGUUUGGUACCAGAUUUGACUGUGAACACUGACGACAAAAUGCCAGUUGAUCAAUAUGACGAGCGUAUUCAGCGUCACGCGACAUCCGUAGAAGAGCUACGUCAAAUUUUCGAACGGGGUGAGACAGAAGAACCGGAUCGAGAAAGGCGCCCGUCAAUGCGUCGUCAGGGCUCUUUUCAUCGUUAUUCGGCUCAACCAAUACAUAGCAAUAUGUCCAAAUCGGUCGAGUUCUUUUCCCGACCACCGAAAUAUAGAACACCAAGUCCGAGACCAACAAAUCUACCCACUCCACCUCCGCUUCCUCUUCCCCCAUCAUCACCCGAGACACUGGUGCGAACCGAUGCACCAUAUCGUCACAAUCAGUUCCGUUCGAGGAACUAUGUGACUCGAUUCAGUCAAUGCGCGCAGCCAAUUGUUUCCAUGCAUAUGCCUUUUCGUUCACGAUCGCUGGCAUUGGAUCGAACAGGUUGGUCUUCCGAAAUGUUACAGGCUCGUCCACGCACCGGCUCAAUCACACAGCGUUCAGUCUCUCCCCUGCCGCUGCACACGAAUGCACGCGGUAGAAGCCGCCGGAAGCACGUGACACGUAGUUCACGACCGAUUCAAAAACGUGAUGCGAUUACCAGUACCGAACCGCAUUUCAUUCAAAUGUGUAGUUCCAACUCUCAGGGUCGAGAGAAUCCACGACGUGUGAUCAACAAAGGAACUCAAUCCCAAACACAAGCAAUAGUUCCUUAUGGGGUCGAAGAUACCAACAAAUUACCCGAUGGUGAUGUGAUUCGUUUGAGUCCAGCGGAUACGGAUGGAGUCUACGUGCGAUCUGCUGUGGUCUAUGAACGUGUGGCCGAUCGAACUGAUGUCAACGGUCAGCGGCAUUUUGUUACCACAUAUGUGAUAUCUCAGGGACCUAGUCCGAGUAGAUCUACGGUUCAGGCUACAAAUCUUUGGGUGGCAGAACAAGCCUUACUAUCAGCCGGCGGGACCGGGGAUGAUAAGCAGACCACGUUGCCACCAUAUCGAACACAAACACUACCACGUCCAGAACAGGACUCCCUGGCUAAGCCUGUCGAGCAACAGGCAACGAAACGGGGUCAGCCGGGCUACAGUAGCUGUCGUGUACCAGGACAUCCAAGGAAAGUUCUUCCCAGACCUCGAAGUUUAUCUACCAUACGCCGACGUCCUGUGGGCAAAUCGAAUAUGGAAUUUAGUCCAGAACCACCUCCACUGCCGACUCCGCCCCCGGCUGACAUGCAUCGUUACAUGCUUCGGUGCAGUAGUCAAGAUGCAAGUUUGGAUCGUCUCGAUCAAAAAGCAUUCCAGUCAAGCACGGAAAAAGCAGUUCAAUGGGAACGACCACGCCACUCACGUCUUCGUAAGCGUUCCGCGUCACCCGCUCGUUCGUGGUCUGUUCGUUCCCUAUCCCCGCCACCGUUUCGUACACCUUGGCUCAGUUCCAUGGGUUCGGUUCGAUCGAAACGGUCCACCUCGAAAAGUCCCUAUCCACAUGAUGCGAAGCAAUCGGAAUCUCGAUACAAUGACACGGAGAAUUUGCUCGUCUAUGACGGAGAGACUGGAAUGACGCAGAAUCGUAACAUGUCUACACACACACAUCCAUGCUAUUGUGGUCCCUGUUCACGCAGUCACAUUGAAGCGUACGAACUGGAACGUGCCAGACAACGUGAGGCCAGAGCCAGACAGGAAUGGGUACAUCGUGCAGAGACUGUCAGUCGGGAACGACAAGCUUAUCAUCAUAUGCGAGGCAGUUGGUCUCCGCCAGCUUUGCGCAGUCCGGCUAGAAAUACACCAAACAAUCUGGAAGAACAAACCGAACGUGAAAUUCGCUAUCGUGUCAGGCAGCACAAACCGCUGUCCCCAGUCCCCGUAGUCCCUAUACCCAUUUAUCCGAACACGGAACCGGAAGAACCGCAAGAACCGAUUGCGGUCGAUGAGGCAGUUCAAUGUGACGAGCCAGAAUUGAUCCGGUCCGUACGGGAGCAUUUGAAUGUGGAUACCGAUUUGGGUGGUGGAAUUGAUACGACCCCAAUCACGGAAAAUUUUGACGGCAAACGUGCCUAUUUUGAGGAACUCAUUCGGACCAAUAAACUGAUGGCUCGUUGUUCAUUCUGUUCCGACUGUUUUCACUGUCCACACGGUCAAAUCCCGCGAUUCAGUUGCUGUUCCAGCUGGGAUUCGGAAUUGCAUCAGGCCUGUUCACCGGUCUACACAAAAGGUACCACGGCGAUCGUGCGCACAGACCAGACCAGACCAGGACGUUCAUCCAAGCAUUCGCGAGAGUACACGGACUAUCCGACUAGGAAAGGGAUUCCAUCGAGUAGAGUGUUCCAUUCCGGGUUGUACGAUUCACACGAGCGUCCGGACUCCGGUGAACCACCAGGACAAGGACCGUCAACAGCGGCAACAACACGUCGUGUGUAUAAGGUGGAAUCUAUUCGUGAACCGGCCCAAUUCGGUCCACAACAAUAUGCCUCCAGUCUGUGCUUGACAACACAUCCGGCCGCGAGCACAAAUCAUCCCAGUGGAAUGUAUCGUACGGAAAAAUCGUGCUUGCCAGUCCAAGAAGGUCAUUCUAUUCAGCAUGACUAUUAUGCUCGACCACAAAUGGCCAUGCCCAAAGUGGCACCAAAUCCGCCGACCAGAGAAACCGCAUAUCCGAGUCAGUACCAUAAAUGGACCACUGCACUUGGUCCCGACUCAGCCAUUCAACCUUCACGUGCCGAACUGAUCCACUCGCCUACGAUUACCACGAACUAUGCACCGCAUCAUUCCACCUAUCCGUCGCGUGAUUUUCCUCUCCUUAGGGAUGAAGAUCAUUCACCGGGAUGUCGAUUUUACGAUGGGUCUCGAGGUGCGAUGCACAAAGAUGACUCUUGGGAUAGUUUGAACGCUGUCGGAAACGAUACGGAACCCGCAUACCGGGGUCGGGUGAGACAAAUUGUUUGUGAACUGAAUGAGCGAGCCACGCAAGACACACAGGUUAUAGACGAAACGUAUCCGGCCUAUUCGACUCCAGAUUUGAGACGUUCCGUUAGAUACAACUGA